UCCUCUCUAAAACAAAAGGGAAAACUUAUUUAAGGGAAUAGAAAUUACAGUUAAAACUAUUUGGCUAUUACUUAGGAAGAUUCUAAAAUUGUUAACUAAGUUUUUUGGCGUUAUUGCCAUCAGAUUAAACCUAAAGUUGAUAAUUAUUAUUUGUGGAACAAGAAGGAUGAGGUGAAAGUUUCUCAGUUCGCCUCCAAAUUUGAGGUGUACAAUGCCUUUUUUCCCCUCCACAGACUGGGGAGAAGUAUCAAACAGCACAGCCCAUGAAAAUACUAAGAAUAAUUGGGGGGGGGGGUGGAGGGAGGGAGGGGAAAAAUCGGAACAGAAGUGAGUGCUAGGGAUAAUGUUGUUAAAAAUUACCCUGGCAUGGAUUCUGUCAAUAUAAAGUUAUUAUUAAAAAAAAAAAAGAAUAAUUGGGGUGGGCAGCUGUACAUCCCUUCUUAGCAUGAAGCAGCUUUGGAAAAUGAGAUUUCCAUCCCUUUGUCCCAAAUGAAUUUGGGGUGCAAACUGCUUGAGAGGGGAAAUGAUAUAAUAUAGCUUCUAGGGGAGACAGAAAUAAUUUUAAGGCCCCCUGACCUUAGGGGCUUGUGUUCUAACAAUCUGUCAGCAAUUCUAAAUCUUCUGGCUUUGGAAUCCAUGAUCCGGAGACCCUGGGAUCCAAGAAUGCUCUUGUUCUGUCAAUGAUUGUGAAAGUCUUCCGGCUUAGGAAUAUAAUACUAUUUCUUUCCUUAGACUUUAGGGAAGCUCUAUCAGUGAUCUGAGACUCUCUAACUUAGAGACCACCUUAGUUGUUGUUCUAACAAUCUUGUCUGUCCAUGUCUCUAAAGUCUCCUGGCUUUGCUAAAUUCUCUUGGAUUUAGCCUUUCAAUAGACAUUACGAUUACAAUAAACUUCGCCCCUUGACUUGGAUAGGGUUUAAAGGCUGCAAAUUCUUUUGAGACAUAUCAUGACACUGUUGCGUGACUCCCAAUUUUUUGGAGUCCCUUCCUAACCUCCACAAGAGGACAGUUUCAGGACCAGUGUCCAUUUUUUUUACAUCUAAAGCAAGAGCUGGUGCGAUAGGAGCCAUGGUUCUGGUCAUUGGCCACCGGCUGUGCGCAGUGGUUAAAGCCUGAACCUUCUGUCUGAUCCUCUGCUCCUUCUCCUCCCCCUGCGCCCUGCUGCUGUUAUUAAAAACCUCAAAGGCCACAUCAAGCAAUUACCGAAGGGGAGUCUGGGUCCCUUUUCAAAGUUUUGGAGCUUCCCGGGGAACACUGGGAACUGAAUUUGAAAUGAAAUGCGUGAUUAGAACUGCGGCGGGCGGGAGGGUCAGGAUCCAGAUUGGUGCCUAUAGGGUCUCGGGUCUGUCCCUAAAAGUGGCGGGGUUUUCUCCAGAGUUAGUUUGCCAUAAUUAGCCUCCUCGUGCGUUCCUCUAAAACUUUCUUCGGCUAAACAGGUGAGCGCGUGAUCGCUAAGAAAUCUUUUCUCUGAUCCACAGACGCUUCUGGAUUUCCUUGUGGGCGGUAUGGUGCUGAAAGAUGAAGGGCUUUUUCCAGGGGAAUGGAUGGAGUUAAGUAACCACAAUUUGGAACGCCGGGUUCUUAGUUCUCGGGUCUUGGCUUUAAGGCUUGGAACCGCUUGUGCAUUGACGCUUCUUGCCCAGGAGCUGCUAGUGCUCCGACUGCCCCGUCCGCACUAAGCCAGGAUUGGGCGGGGAGCUGGUAUUGAGAUGCUGACCCCCAACUGGAUUGAAUUUGUUGUGACCCUUAUAAAUAUUACUUUCCUCUGGGGUAGAGGAGGAAGCCAGGAGCCCCGGGACCCUGUCGGCUGGGUAUCCUCAGGCCUGGCUGUGAGUGUUAACUAUAAUGGGAAUGACUGCGGGAGGACUCCGGGAGCACGGCCCAGGUGGCGCGGACCGAGCUGCAGGGGCAGCGGGCAGGAUGAGCCAAGCCCAAAGCAUCUGCUCGGGAACGGCCUUGGGAUGAGGGAACACAAGGGACUCAACAAGCCCCGGGGACUCCAUUUCCCAGAAUCCCUCGCAAGGAAACAAACAUCCCACAGGUGCACGCAUGAUUCCAGGUCACAUGGCACUUCUUUUCUUGGGGCCCGAAGGACUGUGGGAACUGUAGUUCCCGGCGCAUCUUGUGCGCAGGCGCUGUUCUUCUAGGAUAUAGGGCUUUUUUGGUCCUGGAUUGCUUUAGGAGUUGGGGGGAGGGAGGGGGCGGAGUAGAGGGGGCGGGGCUGGUGAAUAGGUACGCGUUUGGAGGAUUGUGGUGCGGAGAAUGAACCUGCUACAGCCACGGACACGCGCAGGGUACGAGCUGACCCAACGGAGUGGGAGACUCAUGCGUGUGCGCGCGUGAGCGUGGGAGAAAGACUCGGGGAGCUCCUUGCACAGGAUCGCGUGCACGCAAGUGUGCAUGACCUGAGGAGCAGGAGCUGCCGAUGGGCCCGUGAUGCCCGAGCCCCUGGCCAGGGGACCAUGGAGGCCUUGGACCUCAUGCUGGAGGACAGAGGGCGUCCGCAGGACCGCGUCCUUUCCCCCGGAGGGGAGGCAAAGCAGCGGGCGGGGAUCCUGCCUGGUCUCCUCGGAGCCGGGGCCUCGGAGUCAGUGACUUUCCAGGAUGUGGCUGUGAACUUUACCCAUGAGGAGUGGGGGCACUUGGAGCCGGCCCAGAAGGACUUGUACAGGGAGGUGAUGCUGGAGAACUAUCAGAACUUUGUCUCCCUUGGGCUUCCAUUUUCCAAACCACAUGUGAUCUCCCAGUUGGAGAAAGGAGAAGCUCCGUGGAUAACAGAGAAAGUGUCCCUUAUCCCAAGGGUCUCUUGUCAAGAUUUCUUUAUUCAAAAGACAAGAUAUAAAACUAAAAAGUCAGUUGCAACUAAGAGUAUUUCCAUGAGAAAUUUAUCCAAGAAGAGAUCAAAAAAUAGCUGCUGGAACUUUGCAUUAAAAGAAGUCUGGGAUUUUGAUGCAAGGCUGAAGAGACAGAUGGGCAAUCAGAAGAGAUGGGCCAGACAAGUUACAAUAAGUCAAAGAACAACUUCAAAUGAACUGAGUCUUCGUGAAUGUGUUACUUUGGAGAGAAAGCUCAAGCUGGGAUCACUUCACACUACCAAACAGAAAGCUACCAUGGGAAAACAUCUCCAUAAAUAUGAUUCUUUUGGAAAGAGCUUUAAAUAUUUAUCAGAAAUAUUUAAACAUAAUAGAACACCUUCAGGGAAGAAGUAUUAUAAGUAUAACAAAUGUAAGAAGCCCUUCAGUUAUCAUUCAGAUCUUUUUCAAUACCGUAAGAUACAUAGUGGAGAGAAAACUCAUAAAUGUGAUGAAUGUGGGAAAACCUUCAGCAACAACUCGUGUCUUACUGUGCAUUUAAAAAUUCAUACUGGAGAGAAGCCCUUUGACUGUACUGAAUGUGGAAGAGCCUUCAGGCGUAGAGCACAUCUUAUUCAACAUCAGAGAAUUCAUACUGGAGAGAAACCUUAUAAAUGUUAUGAAUGUGGAAAAGCCUUUAGUGUUGAUUCCUACCUUAUCAAACAUCAGAGAAUUCACACUGGAGAGAAACCCUAUAAAUGUAAUGAUUGUGGGAAAGCUUUCAGACAAUUAGGAAAUCUUAAUCAGCAUCAGAGAAUUCAUACCGGAGAAAAACCCUAUAAAUGCCAUGAAUGUGGGAAAGCCUUUAGUCAAUGGGGUCACCUCAAUCAACACCAGAGAACCCAUACUGAAGAAAAACCCUUUGAAUGUAAUGAAUGUGGAAAAGUCUUUAGGCAAUUGGGAAACCUUAAUCAGCAUCAGAGAGUUCAUACUGGAGAAAAACCAUAUAAAUGUAACCAAUGUGGGAAAGCUUUUAACAAUAAUUACCUCCUUAUUCAACAUGAAAGAAUUCAUACAGGUGAGAAGCCAUAUGUAUGUAAUGAUUGUGGAAAAGCCUUCAGUCGAGGGACAUAUCUUAAGAAACACAAGAGGAUUCAUACUGGAGAGAUACCCUAUAAAUGUAAUGAAUGUGGGAAAGAAUUCACUGACAAAGCAUCCUUUAUUUAUCAUCAGAGAAUUCAUACUGGAGAGAAACUUUAUGAAUGUAUUGAGUGUGGGAAAACUUUUAGCCAAAAAGCGAACCUUAAAAAACAUAAAAUGAUCCACACUGGAGAGAAGCCCUUUGAAUGUAGUGAAUGUGGAAAAGCCUUCCGAGAGAGGGGAAGCCUCAGUGUACAUAAAAGAAUUCAUACAGGAGAGAAACCCUUUGAAUGCAAUGAAUGUGGAAAAGCCUUCCGAGAGAGGGGAAGCCUUAGUGCACAUCAAGAAAAGCAUGCUGAAGAGAAACUUUACAAAUGUGAUGAAUGUGGGAAAACCUUCAGAUACAAGGGAUAUUUCAGUAUUCACCAGAGAACUCAUACGCAAGAGAAAUGCUAUAAAUGCAAGGAAUGUGGGAAGGACUUUAGCCUAAGGGCAUCCUAUAUUAUUCAUCAGAGAAUUCAUACUGGAGAGAAGCCCUAUAAAUGUAAUAUAUGUGGGAAAGCUUUCAGUUAUAAUACAUCCCACAGUAGACAUCUGAGAACUCAUACUGGAGAGAAACCCUUUGCGUGUAAUGAAUGUGGAAAAGCUUUCACUCAGAGGGACUACCUUACUGAACAUGAAAGAAUUCAUACUGGAGAAAAACCCUUUAAGUGUAAUGAAUGUGGAAGAGCCUUUAGGCAGAAGCAAACUUAUAAUGCACAUAAGAAAAUUCAUACUAGAGAGAAACCCUUUAAAUGUAAAUUAUACGAGAAAACUUCAACUGGAAAUGGUGCUAUAUAGGACAAACAGAAAUUAAUACUAGUGAGUCUCCAAAGGUGCAAUGAAUGUAGGAAAGUCUUCAGCACAAGCUUAGGGAAGUCAUGAGAGAAUCUAUACUGAAGAAAAACUAUGAAAUGACUUUGAGACAACUGUAAGGUGUGUAUUUUAUCCCUCAGAGACUUUAUAUAGAAUAUUAACUUUGGGGAUAUAAUACCAUAGGCAAUGCUUCAUAUAAUCUUGUCAUUUGUUAAACACUCAAGUCCAGAUGUCUGACUUUUUUUUUCAUGCUCUAUUAAAUCAUUUGGUGCUUUAAGAAAGAAAAACAUCAAAAUCAUCUUUGACAUCCCCUUUAUUACCUGUUGGCUGCUGUUAAGAAACAAUAGAGUUGUAUAAGUAUAGGAUCUUUAAUAGUACCUACAGAAGAAUUCUAGAGAAUUAUUCUAUAACCCAGUAAUGGUUAAUGGGAAGAAAUAAAAGAUAAGUGACUAUUAGUUGACAACACUGUUGAGAAUAUCCUAACCAUGUUGAAGAAUAAAAAGAAUCAGUUUUUA